GAGGUUCUACUCACCGUUUCUGAACAAAAAACAAAAGAUUAUGUGUAUGUUUUAUUUUCAAAUGAGUUUUCAGUGGUUUUAGCUCUCUGUGGCUUUUAAUAAGAAUUUAUUAAAUCAGUUUAUUUUGGUAAAAGUGAAGCAUAACAGCAUUUCUUGCUGUUUAUGAGAAAUACAGAAUUUUUAUAGAAUUUGUUUCUACAUAAAUCUUGAAAAAGUUUCUGUAUCUCAACAAACGCGCACAGAACAAGCAACAAAAUAACCUGAAAAGCAGUGAAAAUUUGAAGUGUUUGCUUUUAUGGUUUCACUUUUCUGGAGAACGUUCUCGAUUCCCGCCCUUUCUUUGUCAUCACGUGGCUUCAAUUCAAAUACUUCCUGAUCCACUGGGCCGUCCAAUCACAGCCAGGCGACGCUGCAGCUCAAUUUCCAUACAGCAUGUAUAAUAUCAGCUGUUUCCUCUCCAGCAGCUCAUUCGUCUGCUGUAAGUUUCCAGAGACAACAUGCCCGAACCCGCCAAGUCCGCGCCCAAGAAGGGCUCCAAGAAAGCGGUCACCAAGACGGCCGGCAAAGGAGGCAAGAAGAAGAGAAGGACCAGGAAGGAGAGCUACGCCAUCUACGUGUACAAGGUGCUGAAGCAGGUCCACCCCGACACCGGGAUCUCCUCCAAGGCCAUGAGCAUCAUGAACUCCUUCGUCAACGACAUCUUUGAGCGCAUCGCCUCCGAGGCCUCCCGUCUGGCUCACUACAACAAGCGAUCCACCAUCACCUCCAGGGAGAUCCAGACCGCUGUGCGCCUCCUGCUGCCCGGUGAGCUGGCCAAGCACGCCGUGUCCGAGGGAACCAAGGCUGUGACCAAAUACACCAGCUCCAAGUAACCAGCUCUGCUGCUGAUGCUCCAACCCAACGGCUCUUUUAAGAGCCACUCACUGCAUCUGGAGAGCUCUGAUCAUGACUGAUAUAUUUUUACAGAACAAAGAAAUAGUGGAAAUUUUGGAGGUGAAGGUUUAAUUCUUUUUUAUUUAAGAAUCUUGUGAAUGAUCAUCUCAAAGUAUUAGAUGUCAGAUUUUUUCUUCUCGCUGGCUCCUUUUCAAUCAAGUUCAUUUGUGCAGCACAUUUCAACAACAUUGCGGUUUCAAAGCUUUACAUAAUAAAAACACAAAUA